UUCAAAAUGUGGGUUUAUAGAGGAUGCACGCCAAGUGUUUGACAAAAUGACUGAGAGGGAUGUCGCUUGCUGGACUGUUAUGAUAUCAGGCAGGGUAUUCACAGAAUAAAUAUGGUGCGGAGGCUUUGAGGAUUUUUGAUCAAAUGCAAGCAGUAGGUGUUAUGCCUAAUUGUGUUACCGUGGUAAGUGCACUUACAGCUUGCGGAGAAUUGGGAGCUCUGCAUCGGGGUAAGUGGAUCCAUGAGUACUUAGUUAGGAGGGGAUUUGAAUCUAAUGUGUUUGUUGGGACUGCCCUUGUGGAUAUGUAUGCAAAAUGUGGCAGUGUUGAGUUUGCACGGCAAGUAUUUGAUAGAAUGCCUAAGAGAAAUGUGGUCUCUUGGAGCGCGAUGAUUACUGGGUACGCCUUGAGUGGACAUGGAAAUGAGGCCUUGGGGAUUUUCAAUCAAAUGCAACUUACAGGUGUUAAACCCAACUCUAUUACCAUGGUAAGCUUGCUAUCGGCAUGUGCUCAUUUAGGAGCUCUUCAACAGGGCAAGCGGAUCCAUGAUUAUGUAAUUAGAACUGGACUUGAUUCAUUUGUUUCUGUGGGAACUGGCCUCAUUGACAUGUACGUCAAAUGUGGCAGUGUGGAGAUGGCACGCCAGGUUUUCGACAAAAUGAGUAGCAGAAAUGUUGUCUCAUGGAGUGCGAUGAUUGCAGGGUAUGGAUUACAUGGAUAUGGCGAAGAAGCCCUAUUACUUUUUUCCCAAAUGAGACAGACAGAUAAGAAACCAAAUGAGAUUACUUUCCUAGGUGUUUUGAAUGCUUGUAGCCAUUCUGGUCAGCUAAAUGAGGGCAGGCAGUACUUUGAAUGCAUGACUAAAGAUUACCGCAUCACACCAACUUUGAAGCACUAUGCAUGCAUGGUAGACAUCCUUGCCCGAGCUGGUCAUUUCAUUGAAGCACAAGAUCUAAUAAAAGGAAUGCCAUUUGAACCUGAUAUAUGUGUGUGGGGAUCCUUACUUGGUGCCUGCAGAAUACACCAUAACAUUGAGCUAGGAGUGCAAGUUGCAGAGUAUAUUUUUGCAUUAGAACCCCAAAAUGCAGGAUAUUAUGUAUUGUUAUCAAAUAUGUAUGCCACAGCUGGCAGAUGGGAUGAUGUAGCAAAGGUCAGAAUAAUGAUGAGAGCAAGGGGUGUGAAAAAGCCUCCUGGAUAUAGCUUCAUUGAGAUAAAUAGCCAGGUUCAUGCAUUCCUUGCAGGAGACAGAUCACACCCUCAAUCUGAGAGGAUUUAUGCUACGUUGGAAAAAUUGACAGAACAGAUGAAGGAUGCAGGGUAUGUAGCAAGUACAAAUUUUGUGCUACAAGAGCUAGAUGAGGACGUGAAGGAACGCAUGCUUUGCAGUCACAGUGAGAGGCUGGCUAUUGCUUUUGGACUUGUAAGUACAAGCCCUGGCAUCCCUCUCCAUAUAACAAAAAAUCUCCGGGUAUGUGGUGAUUGCCAUACUGCCACUAAAGUCAUAUCCAAGAUUGUAAUGCGAGAAAUUAUUAUGAGAGAUGCAAACCGUUUCCAUCACUUCAAGGAUGGGGUGUGUUCUUGCAGAGAUUAUUGGUGA